GCAGGUGAGGGCCAGGUGGACGGCAACAGCGGCGGCAGGAUACAGCGGGAGCGAGAUGGCCAGCAGGGCGGCGGCAGGGCUCCUCCUGUGUGGGGUUGCCCUGGUCUUCCUGGUGCUGCUGCAGGGCACACAGUCCGUCUACAUCCAGUACCAAGGCUUCCGGGUCCAGCUGAAAUCAGUGAAGAAGCUGAGCGACCUGGAGGGACAGUGGGCGCCCAGCCCCCGCCUGCAAGCGCAGAGCCCCCAGCCCUCCGUGUGCCACCACUCGGCCCUGCCACCGGACCUCCAGCCCAUCUGCCAGUCUGAGGAGGCGGCCAGCAUCUUCCAGGCCUUGAGGACCAUCGCUGGCGACGACUGUGAGCUGUGUGUGAAUGUUGCCUGUACCGGCUGCAGCUGAGAGGACCCCGGGCGCCCCGAGCCCACCCUGGACCCCUUGCCCCCCCAGCCCCCACCCCCACCCAGGCUCUGCCCCCCCGCAGCCCCGGCAGGGCGGGCAUCCCUCCCCUCCCAGGGCCUGAGCAGCUGGGUCUGGCACGAAGCCGUUGGACCCAAAGUUGGAGGAGAUUCGGGGCCCCCCAAGGCAGCCUGGCUGCUGAAUAAAGAUUCCCACCCACACCCAGA